UUCUCCCUCUCUCUCCCUCUCUCUCUGCUCGCCCCUCCCCUCACACUCUGUCUUUCGCUCUCUGUCUUCCUCACUUAUUUAAAUCCAUCUCGGUCUUCCUCUCUCCCUUCAGCCUCCCCCCUGUCUUUCCCUCCCUAUCAUUACUUUUCUUGUCAGCUAUGGUAAAUUAGUUACUUAGUUAUUGCAGCUGUUCCAAGUGAGUUUACAUUUGAUCGUUUGUUAUUUCAAAAAAUAUAAGUUUGUUAAUGUCAAAAACUCUGUUUAAGGAUUAAAUAACUGAGUUAAUUUAGCACGUCAAAGGCUACUGAUACGUUAUGAUGAAAGGAUUUAAAUUCACGGAUUUAUUUUUCGUCAGAAAGAGUCUUCAAGGUUUCUAUUGAAUGUCCGUUCUGGAAGAGGGAUCCCUCCUCUGUCGAUCUUGCCUGAGGUUACUCCCUUUUUUCUGGAAAUCUUGUGGAAUUGUUUCACAAUUCAAAUCGAGGGUCUAAGGAUAGAGCUCCUCUCCAGUCAGAGGCAAAGCCCUCUGAGACAAAUGUUGGACCGUAUAAUUUAAAUUGACAAACUAAGUGACUACGAAAGGAUGAUUUCCAUCCGUGAAGGUCCUGGCCGCAAAUAAAGUUAUGGAAAUUCGAGCAACCAUCAAUUUAGUCAAAGUUGUGGUCACUUUGUUUUUACGGUUGAUUAUGUCACCCAAAGUACCAGGUUUUCCGCUGCCAGGGGUAUUAUUAAAACUCUCAAUGCAAUCUUCUCCUGCCGUCGAGGUGUGCAUUACCCGGCGCUGCCAUGCCACUCGUGUUUGAUUUAAUGGCCGGUAUUCACCUGCAGUUCACUGGCUUGUGUUUAAUCAAAGUGAACACUGCAACGGUUGUGAACUGCCAGUCUCAUCAAAGCCCUGUGAAAUCCUUCUCUACACCCGCAGAGGUGCACAGAGCUGAGAGAGAGUGAGUGAGAGCUCUGGUAUGUGGUGUUUUUUCAGACGGCGUCCUCCUUAGCGAGCGGCUUCUCCUGACAGCAGUGAUAUCCCUGGACCCAUUCAGAAGCUGACAACCAACUCUUGACACUCUUGACAACCAACAAAAGAGAUGCAGAGAAGACCUUGGGAGAACUGUUACAAUGGCUGAGGCUGGACAGGAGCACAACUGCUUUGUACAGAGAGAUGAUCCAUGUUUACCUGCAACCGUGCAGCUCCAGGGCAGCUUUUAAUCAUGCCUCAUUUGGUCUUCUUGAAUAACUCUUGGCCCACACUGAAAAAGGCCCUCUUUUGUGAUUUACAACUCAGUCUGUCGAUGUUCCCCUUUCUCUGACCUCUCUGCUGCCAUGCGGUUAGCCCCAUGAGGCUCCGAGAGCCCCUCCUUGUGUGUCUGUGAGGCCUCCUCCCCACUCUAUGGAGGCUGAGCACAGCCGUCCGGCUGAUGGGGAGAGCUCUGGAAGGCAAGAGCAGCAGCACUUGACAACUGAAUCCUCUCUAGGAUCGUGUCCACCUCAGCAGCCCCAGCACCCUCCUAAUCCUCGCCCUGUACACAGAGCCUUGGGUCGCCUGCAAAAUCGCCAACCCAAACGCUCUGACCUUCUGCUUCGGUUACAGCAGCAGCAAGCAGUAGCAUGGCAGCAUUCAGACACCCCAGGUCCCUCAGGAGGCAGCUUCUUCUCUCCAGCUUCCUCAUCAACCACAUCGCUGCCAUCUACUUCCUCCACCCGGGGUGAGCAUGGCCAAGGGGUCCCAUCUCAGUCCAGCCAAGAGGGCCUAGAAGGGGUCAGCUCACCCAGAAAAGGGGAGAAGAAACCCCAAAAACCAGGAAAAUAUGUAUGCACUUACUGUGGCCGUCCAUGUGCCAAGCCAAGCGUUCUUCAGAAACAUAUUCGCUCCCAUACAGGAGAAAGACCCUACCCUUGUGCUCCCUGUGGCUUUUCUUUCAAGACCAAGAGCAACCUGUACAAGCACCGCAAGUCCCAUGCCCAUCGCAUUAAAGCGGGCCUGGCAUCCAGUCGUGAUGAACCCAGUUUGAGUGGACCAGAGGGUAGUGGCGUUGGAGAAGACCCUGAGGAACACACGGAGGGAGAAAGCACUGAGUCUGAAGAAGAGACGGGCCAACACAGAAAAUCCUCCUCUAAGGAGAUGUUGGGCCAGCAGAGGAAAGGUGGUAAGGAGCCACUGGGAGGCUCAGAGGAGAGCCAGAGGCCUGAGGACUCCCAGGCUGUCAAGCAAAGGCUGGCACUGAGGCUUAGUGAAAGGAAACGUGGCCCGAUGGCUUCUCCAGAUGACCCUCCUUCCUCCCUCUCCACCUCAUCUUCCUCUCAAGGCCCUGGCAGUAAAGGCAGCACAGAGUCUGGCUACUUCUCCGGGUCAGGCAGCACUGACCUGUCCCAAGUUAGCCCUCCCAGUGCCAGUGCCAAAACCUACGCAGAAAUUAUUCUAGGAAAAUAUGGAAGGCUGGGAGGGCAGCAGCGCAGUCCCCAUCAGCAGCAGCCUCAUUCUUUACUUUCCUCGUCUGCAGGAACGGAGGAGAAAAGCAUUCCCUUCGCUGUACCCAAAACCCAAGUAAUAGAACACAUUACCAAGCUCAUCACUAUCAAUGAAGCGGUAGUAGACACCAGGGAGAUUGACAGUGUGAAGCCCAGACGCUCCUCUCUGUCCAGGAAGAGCAGCAUGGAGUCCCCAAAAUUCACCUCUCCGAGAGAUCCCUACACAUUCGACCCCAAAGGAGAAGCCCCUGGCCCUAGUGGUUUGAAGCACCUCCACAAUCCUGAGGCGGAUCCAGCAGUUACCCAGGAGCUAUCAGCAGUGCCUCUGCUUAGAAGCCACUCAAUGCCAUCCUCUACCAGCCAAGGAGAGCCCUCCACCUCUGGCACCAUGUCUCCCAAGGAUUACCGUCUCUGUCAGUCAUUCGAUGAGCAGCAAGCGGUGGUAGCAGAGAUGAGGGUUGGCCAUGCCCAGCGUAUGCUACGGCGCCAGCCUGCUAUAGAAGAUCCACUGGGAGCUGAGCUAAUGCUGGAGGAGGCCGGCCCCACCUCUUCCUCAUCAGCCAGUGGUGCCGAACAAGCCAGGCAGCUACAACAACAACAGCUACAACAACAACAACAACAACAACAACAACAACAACAACAACAGCAAAAGAGUCCGAGCCUGUUUGAAUGUGAAGCAUGUGGGGUCCACUUCCAACACAGUGAAGGCUACGAGGCCCACAGACGAAUAUGCCCAGGACAGCAAACCCUGGAAAAAGUAAGCGGGGAUUCAAGUAAAACAUGUCGGGAGGAUCGCCCCCAGAUGAUGAUGCGCUAUACGUUCCGAGCACUGGCAAUGGCCGCGAGGAAGAGAAGAAAAGAGGAAAGUCUGGAGGAGGAUCCUCCCAGCCCGGGAUCUGUAGCCAUGUCAGGGAGCUCUGCAGGCCUCAUUCCUGUGCCUAGCAGACCAGAGCACAGCCACACCCUCACAGGUGUUUCUUUACCGACUGAGCCACAACAACAACAGCAGCAGCAGCAGCAGCAGCAGCAGCAGCAAAACAGGAAGUGUGUGUCUGUCAUCCAGCACACAAGCUCUUUUGAGAAGCAGGAGAGUGUAUCCAUGGAGAGUCAGGAAACAGAACUCAGAGAGAGUCAGCAUACACAACAACUCGAGCCAAAACCAUCACCGUCUACAUCUCGCCUCAUCCGCCAACCAAACAUCCAAGUGCCAGAGAUCCUUGUUACUGUGGAGCCUGAUGCUGACAUGCCAUCGGUCUCUCCGCCAGUGACGGCAUCCUCAUUCAAGGAGGCAGAGAGAGUGGAGGAGUUCCAAUGGCCUCAGCGUAGCCAGACUCUGGCCCAGCUCCCUGCAGAGAAGCUGCCACCAAAGAAGAAGAGACUCCGCCUGGCAGAAGCAGCCCAGUCGUCUGGGGAGUCUAGCUUUGAGUCUGCAUCUCUGCCCCGCAGCCCCAGUCAAGAGAGCAACAUCUCCCACGCUUCAAGCCUUUCUGCUUCUUUCGAGGACACAGCAAGACCAGAGACUGCCAUCUGGGCCUCAAGUAGCCAAAGCUCCCAGAUGUUAAUGGUGCCAUCCGCUUCCCACCAACACCACCAAAGCCACAAGGAGAUGAGGCGCUCCGCCUCAGAGCAGAUCACAGCCACCCCCCAACAAACAGAACAGGUCUCAGAGACCAGAAGUAAGUCAUUUGACUACGGGUCCCUGUCCCCUCAACAGUCUGCAUCCUCCUGGAAAGAAAGGAGAAAGUGUCUCCUUGUGAAGCAUGCUACCUUAGGGGAAGCUGAGCAAGAGGAGGGGGCCAGCAUGAGUCAGCUGUCCAGAGCAGAGAGUCCAAAACCCGGGCCUUCCCGCUCCAUCCAUCCUCCUGUCUACUCAACAGAAGCAAGCUCCCGGUUUAGCCUGGAAGUCACAGCGAAAGCCUUGCAGCUGUUACAGCCACGGAUCUUCCCACAUUCUCAGGAUGCGCUACCUUUGCAGCAAGCAUUUCCCCCAGGAUCAUUAUCCCAGCUGCUCCCCGUCACCACAGCCAUCUCUGAAGUGCUAUCCACCCAAAUCACCCAUAGAGCCUUCUUACAUUCACAGGCAGCACCACCAGCUAUACAGAUACACCCGGGGCAGAUCCACAUGGCAGAACGGUUGGGUAUACCAUUCCAUCAGCUUCCUGCUCUAGUUCCUCUCCCGUUCUCUUCCAGGACUACAGCUAAUCAGGCUCUGUACUUGCCUUUUCCUCCAAGACUAACUGUUCCUUCCCUUCGCACUACAGAGAGCAGCCCCUCCAUCUCCUCCAUGUCUUCUGCUCUUACACAUCAAUCCCUUGUAAGAAUCUCUUACCACCACCCACGGCCGGUCAUCGCCACAUGCCUGGCUCAGCUUACACCAGUGGUAUCCCUUGUGGUGCCAGUGCGCCUCCAGACUCAUAUACCUACCUAUGCCAGUGCCAUGUACACCACCUUGUCCCAGAUCCUGGCCUCCACCUGCUCACAGGAACCAAUUUCUUGCACAGCCAUGGUCAUUAUGGGCCAGGUGGAGCGGGACAAGUUGCAAAGGUCCUACUUGAAGGUCCCUUCCCCAUACAUCAAGAGCCUUUUUCCCCUUUCUCUGCCCACGGAGCUGGCCUCAGGAUCUGGGGAGGGAUACGGUCCACUGGGGACUGGAGGAAGUAAACGCAUGCUUUCUCCUGCAGCUAGUCUGGAACUCAGCACAGAGGCCCAGCGCCACCAGAAAAGGGUAAAAGAGGAGGAGGAAGGGGAAGAAGAUGAGGCUGGAGGGGAAGAGGAGGAUGUUGAACAGAAUGUAAGACAGGAAGAAGAAAGUAAAGCCACUGGGAGAAAACUGGAAGAGAAUGAGAAGAAACAACCAGAGAGGGUAGAGCUGACAACUGUGAAAGUGGAGGGGGAGCAUGAGCAAGUGCCAAGGAAACAUAAUAGGAAGGAAAAGGAGGAUAAGGGGGAGGAGGAGGAGUCUACUAAAAAGACUAGUAAAAAAAAGGAGGAGGUGGCAGUUGUGGAAAAGGGGGCUGAAAGACCAGCCGCCCCUUCAUACCCCAGCCUCCACACCUCCGCCUCAGUUAACUGGUGCUACCUGAACUACGUCAAACCCAACCCGUCUGCCCUGAGGGACCCCUGCAGCUCAGUCUAUUCUACCUGGAGCAUCAGUGCUCACAACCCCAACUUGCCGGGCCUCACCACUAAGGUGGCGUUGUCUCUGCUGUGCUCCAAACAGAAGCACAGCUCAGAAACGUACACCAUGGCCACGGCCCCGACCCCGGCCAAAAGCAAAUUGGCCCCUGCCAGUAGCAGGACCCCACGGGUGUCAGAGGUACAUGCCACCCCACCCAGCACCCUCACUAAAGUAAAGGAUCAGCAACAACACGACAAGGAGGAGAAUAAAGAGAUGAGAGAAGAAGAAGAGCCCUCCACCUCCAAACAGAGCGAGCCCUCUCGGGUUCGCAUCUGUGAAGGCGGGUAUAGGUCCAAUGAAGAGUACGUCUAUGUGAGAGGUCGUGGCCGGGGCAAGUACAUAUGUGGAGACUGUGGCAUUCGCUGCAAGAAGCCUAGCAUGCUGAAAAAGCACAUCCGAACGCACACCGAUGUCCGUCCGUACAUUUGCAAACACUGCAACUUUGCCUUCAAAACCAAAGGGAACCUUACAAAACACAUGAAGUCAAAGGCUCAUGGGAAAAAAUGCCAGGCAAUGGGAGUAUCUGAGUCAUCACUGGAUGAGCCAGAGAGCGAGGAAACAGCAGGAAGUGAUGAACGUGUGUGUGGCUCAGAGGGACAGGAGGAACAUCAGUUUACUGACGUGGAGGAUUCUGAGGACGAUGAUGACAACGAUGAUGACAACGAUGACGACGACGAUGAUGAGGAAGAGGAGUCCGCAUCCCACGACAAUCCGUCGUCCUGUUCGUCAGACACCCACCCAUCAACAGGAGGGCAUUCCAGCUGUAGUAGGCGCUCUCAGCAGGGCACCCCGGACCCUGAGCCCCCGGGCCCCAGUCCCUGUCCAGGACAAGAGCUCUCCCCGAGGGGAGUUUGGCUCAACAGACGAGCCGCAUCUCCAGGCAGCAGGAGAGCGCUGUUCUCUCGGCGGGGAUGGAAGGCAUCGCCGAGAGCCUUCUCCCCCAGCAGUGAGAGCUGUUCCCCCAGCCGCAGCCUCUCCCCCCGUCUGGAGCUGUCCUCGCCCAUCCGCAGCCUCUCUCCGAGGACAGAGCUGUCCUCGCCCAGCCGACACGUCUCCCCCUCCCCUGAGAGAGGACCAUCUCCCAUCAGACCCCUCUCUCCUCUUCGUACCAUUUCGCCCAGCUGCUACCGGUCAUCAAAGGCUCGGACCCCUCCCUCGCCACUCAGGUUACAGCACAGGACCCCUGGAUACCUGCCAUGGGAGAGCCCUGGUACAAGGGGUGGUCAUGUAAAACCAGUGAAACGGGGUACAACAGCAGAGGGGCCAACAUUGCCAGAAGCCAGUUUGUUUCCACCUGCUUUCCGUCUUUCCAUUUGUGAGGGUUAUCCGGGCCACCAAACAGCAGACAACAUCUUCAGCCAUCUUCCCAAGCACUCCCAACAAGCCAAGGUCCCCUAUCUGAUGAUUCCCAUCGGAGGGAUCCAGAUGGUACAGGCCAGUCCGAGGUCCCACCCUACCACCCCCUCGUCCCCAACGUCUCCCCCCAUGGAAGGGCCAUCACUGUCCAGAUUUGAAUCAUACUGGGGCGGGACCCCCAGAACUCAAGGGCUUAGGACUUCUGGAGACCAUUGGUCAGAGGACCAGACAGCAGGAACCAGCCAGUCAGGGCUGUGUGUUCUCAGCACAGCACUAAUAUGUUCCAAACAGAAGUUGGAGACCACGGACUCAAAGCAAUAUGGCAGCUCACAUAGCUCCGCCCACACCCGCAGGCCUGCUACUGAGACCACCAAACACUGCUUCAGAGACAGUUCAAGAGCAACUCUCAGCCUAGCAGCUCCCGUAGCCUCGCAUGUCAUUGGACAGCAGCCAGAGGGGGAUGAGCCACCGUCUGGUGGCGAUCUAGUGGAGGGAGGAGCUGAAGGAGACGGAACAGACCAGAGCACUUAAAGGUGUCUACACCUUGAUGCAUAAUGCAUCCCAUUUUGCUUUAUUGGUUGCUACACUAGUCUUGUUUUUUUUAUUGCUUCGUUUUUAUACAGUUUUCAAUACUAUUGCUAACUUAAAUGUUUGUUCUUUGGCAAUAUUCAGGUUUGUUAUAAAAAUGCACUUUUUUUCUUUGUGAAAUAAUGUCUAUAUAUAUAUAUGUAUAUAUAUAUAUAUAUAUAUAUAGUCUCUAUUGAUACUGGUAAUCUUAAUGCCUGUUUAAAAUGAAUAUGAAUAAAUUUGUAAAUGACCAAAAUCUUAAAUCAAAAAUAAUUCCAUUUUUUGUUUGUCCAAACUUUCGUCCAGUAUUACUCUAAUUGUAGUUACUUGUGCCUUUUCUGUCCAGGUUUGUGUUUUGAGAUGUACAGUACAGAUAGACAAAGAGAAGGCUGUGACAUUUUAUAUCUGCUUUUUUGUGUUGUUCAGGAGGAUAAACAUUUGGUGAUUUGAUUGUUUCUGUUCUAAAGGCCAUUGCUUUAAUGCCAGGGUAACAGAGAUUUGCAUAGCGGCGGCUUUGAAACGAGCAGCUGAAGCGUGUCAAAGGAAAAUGCACUGAAGUUCUAUAUUUUAUUACAAAAUAUCUUAGAAUAGAAUACAUCUCUGUACAGGGAAGAGUGCUCCAUAUUUAUUGUUAUUUGAUGACAAUGAUCAUUGUUUCAUUUUUUUUUUUUUUUUACUAUUUUAAUUUGGAAAAAAAAAAAAAUUUUGUUCCAUCUUUGUGUCUUUAUCAUGAUGUUCAUGUGACUUGAAUUGUUGACAACGAUGAGCGAUUGCGUUUGGCUGGUACCAGAGGAUUAAGUGCCCUGCAGAUUUCACACACAGCAAGAUUUCUAGUCAUUGAAGAAAUAAAAAAUGCACCAGA